CUUCCCGGGCACCAGUCCACCGCCCCACCUCCGUCUGCGCCAUGGACCCCGAGCUGGCGGCCCAGAAACAGCCCCAGCCGCGGAGACGAAGCCGCCGGGCUUCCGAGCUCUGCGCGGGUAGCUCCGCGGGCCCUUUACCCGACACCCCCAGGCCAGAGCCAGACGGCAGAUAUUCCCUUAGGAGAGGGAGCUCCUUCACAUUUUUAACACCUGGCCCCCAUUGGGACUUCACUUUGAAAAGAAAACGAAGAGAAAAAGAUGAUGAUGUCAUAAGUCUUAGCAGCCUUGAUUUGAAGGAACCAAGCAAUAAAAGAGUUCGACCUCUAGCUCGGGUAACGUCCUUGGCAAAUUUAAUCUCUCCUGUAAGAAAUGGAGCUGUCAGACGUUUUGGUCAGACACUACAGUCAUUUACCCUUCGUGGUGACAGCAGAUCUCCAGCUUCUGCUCAGAAGUCAUCAAGCAGAUCAACAGUCCCAACACCUACCAAAAGGAGAAGUAGUGUGCUAUGGUCAGAGAUGUUUGACGUCAGUAUGAAGGAGUCUUUAACUGCCAAAGAAAUCAAACGUCAGGAGGCAAUAUAUGAAAUGUCCCGAGGCGAACAGGAUUUAAUUAAGGAUCUCAAGCUUGCAAGAAAGGCCUACCAUGACCCCAUGUUAAAGUUGUCUAUUAUGUCAGAAGAGGAACUAACACAAAUAUUUGGUGAUUUGGAUGCUUAUAUACCUCUGCAUGAAGAUUUGUUGGCAAGAUUAGGAGAAGCAACCAAACCUGAUGGAACAGUAGAGCAGAUUGGUCACAUUCUUGUGAACUGGUUGCCAGGCUUGAACGCGUACAAAGGCUACUGCAGCAACCAGCUGGCAGCCAAAGCUCUUCUUGAUCAAAAGAAACAAGAUCCAAGAGUCCAAGACUUUCUCCAGCGAUGUCUUGAGUCUCCCUUCAGUCGAAAACUAGAUCUUUGGAGCUUCCUAGAUAUUCCUCGAAGCCGCCUAGUCAAAUACCCUUUACUAUUAAAGGAAAUUCUUAGACACACUCCAAAAGACCACACUGAUGUUCAGCUUCUGGAAGAAGCUAUAUUGAUAAUACAAGGCGUUCUCUCUGAUAUCAACUUGAAGAAAGGCGAAUCAGAAUGCCAGUAUUACAUUGACAAACUGGAGUAUCUGGAUGAAAAGCAGAAGGAUCCUAGAAUUGAGGCAAGCAAAGUAUUGCUUUGCCAUGGGGAACUGAAAAACAAAAAUGGACAUAAACUUUACGUUUUCCUGUUUCAAGACAUCUUGGUGUUGACCCGGCCUGUUACACGAAAUGAGCGUCAUUCUUACCAGGUUUACCGGCAGCCAAUCCCAGUCCAAGAGCUGGUCUUGGAAGAUCUGCAGGAUGGAGAUGUGAGAAUGGGAGGAUCCUUUCGAGGGGCUUUCAGCAACUCAGAUAAAGCUAAAAAUAUUUUUAGAGUUCGCUUCCAAGAUCCCUCUCCAGGCCAGUCACACACGCUGCAAGCACAUGAUGUGUUCCACAAGCAGCAGUGGUUCAACUGCAUUCGCACUGCUAUUGCCCCUUUCCAGCAGGCCACUAGUUCAACCGAGCUGCAGGGUUUGCCAGAGCUCCAUGAAGAAUGUGAAGAGAACAACCCCUCUGCCGUGAACAUCAGGGCCCAGAGAAGCGCAUCCGUGGUGUCCAGUGUGACACAGGUUGAAGGUGAUGGAGAUGCUUCAGAAUGUGUCUCCCUGGUGCCCACAGCAGACAACAUUAAGAGUGUCAAAACACAGCGAACACAAUGUGGCUUCCAAAAAGCAAGGGACAAAGCCCAGUUCAGUGGCAAACGGAAAGAAACUUUGGUAUAACUGGUGGAGAAACUGUUUAUUUAUAAAUGUGUACAGUUUGUUUUUUCUUGUAAUGUGAGCAUGGGAGCAUUGCAGGGUUACUUAAUAUCAGUCUUAACAUUUUUGAUGUUUUUGGUUGGUUUGGUUGUUGUUCCUUUCUUUUCUAUUUUUUUUUAAAGGCAGCUAAAUAUAUAUAUAUAUACACACACAUAUAUACACACACACACACACACACACACAGAUUACUGUUAAACUGCAGUCCUUUUUUAUAUCUUCAGAUAUUUUAUCAGAUGAUUUAGAACAUUGAAGCCUGGUAUUUUUAAUCAAAUGAAAUAUUUAUGAAAUGGGUUUUCAUUCUGCAUCAUGACUUCAGUACCAACCAAUUGUGAUAUUUACAUUAUUUGCCAAAACUUAAAAUUUUGCAAAAACCAGAAUUUUACCUGUGUUUCUUUGAUAAAUUUUGUGUGCAGAAUUUGAAAUUUUAACCUUGGCACCUAAAAUGUACAUGGAAUACCUGUAAUAUAUCAGAAUGUACAUUGAAACAUAAGUUCCUUGGAAAACAAACCAUAAAACUUAAUAGGUUUCCCAUUUUACCAACUGGAAUCCCUUAUAUUAGUUUGUUUUUUACUACACAUUCCUCAUUUUUUCAUUCAUUUUACUUGCCAAUUAUUUAAUUUUUUUAUUUUAGUUUUUAGUGUUUGCUUUUAUUUUUUUACUUUGAUGCCUUUUCAAAUUGGCAUGUCUUUAAAAUAUUUUUCUUCCUUGAUUAAAAAAUGUGUGUUUGUGUGUGUGUGUGUGUGUGUGUGUGUGUGUGUAUAAAUAUAUUUUUUAAAUCAUAUUAACUUUACCGAGUGAAACCAAGCCAUACUGUUUUUGAGCCAAUUAAGAAAAUUGUCAUUUUUAAAGUAUAGCAGUUUGGAGUGAUGAACACACAAGAACUGACUCAGUAUAUUCUGAACUGCUAAAAGAAAACCACCUUAAGGAUUUUGUUGAAAGUUUUUAGUGCUACCUGAAGAGCAAGAGAGAAGGCAGUUGACUGGUAAUAAGUUUUUUUUUGUUUUUUUGUUUUAAAAGGAGGGGAAAAGAGAGUAGUUUUGUCUUAAAGGAAAAAUGUCUGGUUGUGCCAGAACAUGAAAGCCGAUAGUAAAAGCUAAACUUGAGGGUAUGUAGUAAGUUGUAGAAGGCUUGGGGGAAGUGAACUUUAUUUGCUUUGGUUUAUAAUGCCUGCAAAUAAUGGGUUUGAAGAGACAAUGAAAUAUGUUGUAAUUUUGACAAUACAGGUCAAUUUUGGUGGACUUAUUCAUAAGAGGAAAAA